AUGGGAGUCAGGACUGUCGGUCUGUGGGCGGAGAGUCUGCUGGAACCGGAUCCGGUCUGUGGGACUCUGGCUGAAGCUCAGUGCUGUAUGGCUGCCUUCAUUCUGCUGCUGGUCUCUGAUUGGUGGACUGUGUCCUUGCUCUAUGCUGGUUGGCUGUGGCUGGACUGGGACACGCCCUCCAGUGGGGGCAGGAGGUCUCAGUGGGUCCGGAGCUGGACCGUCUGGGAACAUUUCAGGGACUACUUCCCCCUGAAGCUCAUCAAAACUGUUGAUCUGGAUCCAGCCAAAAAUUAUAUCUUUGGCUUCCAUCCACAUGGUGUGCUGGUGGCGGGUGGUUUUGGGAACUUCUGCACGGAGGCCACAGGUUUUUCCCGUUUGUUUCCUGGUCUCAGGCCUCACCUGCUCAUGCUGCCGUUCUGGUUCCGAGUGCCGUUCUUCAGAGACUACAUCAUGUGUGGAG